AUGAAGCCCUGGGUGAUGCUGCUGCUGGCUGGGAUGUGGUGUCACAUCACUGGAGGGGAAGGGGACUCCGUCCAGGGUGGGAUCUGCUGGCUGCAGCAGGGGAAGGAAGCAAAAUGCACCAUGAUCCUAAAGGCCGACGUGACCUGGGAGGAAUGCUGCGGCAAUAGCAACGUUGACGUCGCUUGGUCCAACUACACCCAGCCAGGCAACAAGAUCAGCCUCUUGGGGUUCCUCGGGCUGGUGCCCUGCCAUCCUUGCAAAGAGACCUGCGAGGGGGUGGAGUGCGGCCCUGGUAAAGUCUGCAAGAUGAAACACGGCCGUCCCCACUGCGCCUGUGCCCCGGAUUGCUCCAGCCUGCCCAGGAAGCUGCAAGUGUGCGGCUCGGAUGGCUACACCUACCGCAACGAGUGCGAGCUGCUGACCGCAAAGUGCAGAGACCACCCCGACCUGGAAGUGAUGUACCAGGGCAAAUGCAAAAAGUCCUGCUCCAGCGUGGUGUGCCCCGGGACUCACACCUGCGUUGUGGACCAGACGGGCAGCGCCCACUGUGUGAUGUGCAGAACGGCCCCCUGCCCGGAUCCCUCCACCCUGGACCACACUCUCUGCGGCAACAACAACAUCACCUACCCGUCUGCCUGCCAUCUACGGCGGGCAACCUGCUUCUUGGGCAGAUCUAUCGGAGUCCGUCACUACGGAAGCUGCUUAGCUGUGGCCAAGUUCCCCCUCGAUGUGGGCGAUGCCGAAGAAAACUAUGUGUGA